AUGAUGACACGUGCUAAUCAAGCCUCUACUACUGUUGGGUCACCCGUUCUUGGAAAAAGAAAGCUAGAAGUGGAAUUUGCUCAAUACACAACACGACUAAGAGUUGCACAGGCACGAAAAUCUGAAAUCGAUACAUAUUUAGAAGAACCACUUGAGGGGGAUAAUGAUGAUUUUGAUAUCCUAACAUGGUGGAAGAGCAGAUCAGACAAGUUUCCUGUAUUGUCAACUAUGGUUCGAGACUUCCUUGCUAUUCCCCUUAGCACAGUUUCAUCGGAAUCUGCUUUUAGUUUACGAGAAAGAAUUCUUGGAGAACGUAGAAGCUCACUAAUGCCGGAAAUGCUCGAGGCGCUUGUAUGUGCUAAAAUUUGGCUAUUCAAGACUGCUGAAGAUCAAGAUCUGGAACAUGAAGGUCUGGAACUUGAAGAGGGCUCUAGCAGUAGCAGCUUUGAUUAG